AUCUUCUCUGGAGAAGCUCAAAUCGAACGGAUAGAGCAGAUGGUCCAACUACAGAACUUCUUCUUUUUCAUUACUUCCAUGGUCGUGCCCCGUGGCACGGCAGCACCCGUACUAUUGAAAUGGUUCGUCAGUAGAGAUGUUCCCACUGGUGCCUCUUCUUCCAAUGGUACUAUAAUUCCUAUUCCUAUCCCUUUAUUCCCUUUUUUGGUCUAUCUACAUUUAAGGAAAUUCAUACGCUCCAUGGACAGAGCAAAAAGUGGAGUGUUGCACGCGAUAGGUCAGCGAAGCGUGAGCGGGCGCUCCGAAGUAAAGGCCAAACACUUCGGCCUAAGGGGAAUGAGCAACAAAAUGACAAGAUGA